AUGGUGUCUACGAGCUGUGCAUGCCCCUUCCUAAAGAAGAAUAUUUUGUCUCCUUCUUUCGGGAUUUCUUCCCGCUGCUCCUCAGAUGCCAGCAGCUGCUCAAACGCUUCUCUGCAGCAGCAGCAGCAGCAGCGGCAGCAGCAGCAGCAGCAGCAGCAGCAGCAGCAGCAAGAGAACAACAGCAAUGAGUGCAGACAAGCAGCAAUUGAAACUGCUCUAGCAAUGGCAGAAGCAUACACACCUGAAGCAGCAGCAGCAACGGCAGCAGCAGCAGCAACAGCAGCAACUGCAACAGCAGCAGCAGCAGCAUCAGCAGCAAUGGCGGCAGCAACAGCAGCAGCAACAGCAGCAUAG